UUAUCAGAAAGAUGGCGCGCCUACAAUUAAGAGCAGGUCUUCUUUUGAUAUCCGGACUUGUCGCGGUGACGGUUACCGGAAAGAAACCGGGAGGAAAGAAUGGGAAUUUCCUGAACAAGAUCGCGAGAGUGUCCGCUGCAACAACAGCUGCUUUAGCGUCCGCACCUUCAUCUGUCCAAGCGCAAGAACAGGUGACUUCGAAAGGAGAAUAUUAUGGAGAGCACGGAGAGGCAGCAGACGUGUAUCGCGAUAAUGAUGAUAUCUACAGCGUUCAUGGCACUGUCGCCGUGAGUACCAAACCGUUCGCUUCCGCCCCGUUUGCAACAACAUCACUGCCGCCUUCGUCAUCGCAUUCCGGUAGUAACUUAGGAUUAUCACAAACAAAUGAAUUGGAGUACCGCGAGUGGCAUGACCCGGAUGUGGGCCACCACGUUACAGAUUUGUAUGAUGUACGUGAGUCCUCGCGUCAUAUAGUGAACGAAAUACUCGAGAUACCUGACCACGACGAACAUGAAUACAACCUUCACGGGGACGAACAAGAUGAGCACUCGCUUGUGCACUUAGUGGCGGGCGAUAUUCAGAAGAUAGUAGGGGGGUUCAACUUCAUAACCGCAAUUGGCAGCGCCGUUAGAGGGUAUUCAAUACUUGCUCCUCUUGAACAAGAUCACAGUCUUGACAAGGACGAGGACUCUGUAAAAACUAGAACCAAAGGAUCAGCGAGCUACGAAUAUGGUGCGACAGAAACUGGGUUUUCAGAGGAGCAUUACCUUCCUCUCACUAUGUAUCCGGUGCCGUGGAGGGAUGCGUACAAGAGAGGCGAAAAUGUGUCUCUACAUUAUCCGCGGCUCAAGUACUGCAUGCAAAGCAAACUCCAACGACAGGCGAAAGCCACUAGCGGAAUAUUUAACAACUUCGAGGAUUUGAGAAGUUUCCUGCGUACGCUCUUCGAUAGUAUUUGCAACAUCUUCCUUCUUGACGGCGAGCACAGAGACGUGGACAAAGCAGAUGGAGAGCCGCUUUCUUCGUUCCUGGAUGGGAGCGCCUCGGACUCCUACCCGUUCUGGUACUCGCCCACGGCGGAUAUCGAAAACGGAAGAAUGAAUGGCGGCGAAUCUAUCGCGAAGCCUUGCAGCGCCGACCUUGAUUUUUCAGAGGAGAAAGAAGUAGUUGUUGGUGAAGAGAGAGAAGCACAGUUUGGAUACUCUACGUCGACUAAAUUGCGGUUGCUGGGUGCCUACGCUGUGUGUCAAUUCGAGCUGCUUGAGCAGUUUGUGAUUGAAUUCGAGGACAUUGUUGCGCCCUUACAGCCGGGGGAAGCGAAAAGUGACGCUUUUGGACAGAAAGUCGAAGUCAAGGAAGACCGAGAAAAAGUACUGGCUCUCAUUACUGAGCCUGAUGAUUCGAUGCCAGAAGGAGCUUUGUCAUACCGUCCAGAUGAGUUGGAGGCAACUGACGGAGCGAUCGCAGGCGCACUUCAGUCAUUUGCAAAUUACCACGGACGUUUCCAUAGCAAAGAGCGGGUCAGAGAGGAAAUUAUCGGGAGAGGCGCAGCGAGAAAUAUCUUGGAGCCGCUACGGUUUUGGGCUACGCUGUGUCCGACUGUGAAAUACCACCUUCUGUCGAAACAGUUACAAGGAAAAUUCAGCGAAGCAAGGUCGAGACUGGACUACCUGACGAUCCGAUACUUGUAAACUUCUGAUGAAUGCUUCUUGGAUUAGAGGGGUUGUUCUUGUAGCUUUGUUUUCUAUUACUUUUUCAACGUCAACAAGUCGUAAUGUAUUAGUUGUUAUGUAAUGCGCUAGUUUCUGAAUUUACCUGAGUUGCUUCGGGACGGGCUCUGGUUCGCAAGGAAGAAGAUGUUACCUGAAUAUCCAAAAGAUUUUAGAAGCACUGGAAAACGGCUCUUUAGCUAGGAUCAUCACAGGAGCACGCACACGAUAAGUGGAAAAUAGCGCGCAACAAAGUGAAUUACACUUGAAAAAUGAAGACUUUUUUGAUUCGCACAGACUCUACUAGGUUUGACAUCCCCCCGAUUUACUCCCACCACAAGUAAAGGUAUCGAUCUGGAAGUUGGGCCUUCCAACUGGAUCAGCAGCGCUUGCGCCUCCUGCAUCUUAGAUGAACAAGUCGGUUAU